AUGGCACGCGGCACUGGACGGAAACGUGGUCGUGGUCGUGGCCGUGGCACUUUUCGCGGAUCAUCCACGCCCACGGACACCUCAAGCACCGGCUUGAAGAUCACCAUUCCACUCUUCUCCGCUCUUCGCAGUGGGCUCCCAGCUAAUCCUGCUCCUCUUGACAACGGUGGGGCUUCAGUGUCUGUCAGAAAUGUCUCAGCCCCUGCAUACAACCCUCCAUCUACCCCUCACCAAGUUGAAACACACUCACAGGAUGAGCCACUUCUCCCAAACGAGCCUCUCCCAUUGACCCCUACACAAGAGGGAGAAGAAGAAAUUGUCAUAACACCUCCUCCUCCCCCUUCAAAAGAAGCUGUCAGGAGGGCAAGAGAGGAAGUUCUUGGUGGUGGUAGAUUUGACGAGGAUGAGGAUGAGGAAAUCAGCAUCGAGGACCUGCAUGCUCUCAACAACUCUCGCAAGCGUGGCUGGGGCGAAGCUCCUGAUAGAGUGCUUGCUGAGGAUGGGGAGGACGAGGAUGCUGAGGAUGAGGAUGCUGAGGAUGAGGUUGAAAUUGUUGAGAAACCACGUCCAUCGAAGAAGGCGCGGAAGCGAGGAGGUGACGAUGCUCCUGCUUCGGUUGAAACAAGCAUUGAGCCUAGUAAAAAGGUGGUGCUUCUUAUCCCCAAUGUUUCCAGUGAAGGGGCUCGUCGCAAGACAUUGAGCUUCGAUACGGAUUACGAUGACGCCCUUUCAGUCAUCUAUGCUACCAUUGGAUGUGCGAACGUUCAGAAGAAGCCUCGCCUUGGCUACAAAUUCUCGUCGGCUGCCCAAAAGACACAGCCAAUUGAUCUCAGCAGUGAAGACGAUUGGACAGGCAUGCUUGAGGACCUUCGCGCGUUGCAGAAGAAGAAGAAAAUGGGCAUAUCAGUCAACUUGUCCGUUGGUCCCGAGGCUUACAUGGCAUCCCUUCGGAAUCAUUUGAAGAAUGGGAAGGCCACGCAGCGUUCUGAGGGUGGAUGGGGAGGAGGGGGCACUGGUCGGAAAAAAGGUAAGGUGCUGAUGAUGGAUCUUGGGGAUAAUGAUGACGAUGAAGAUGAUGGCAAUGGGAUGAUGGAAAAAGAGAACAAGGCCUACGGACAACUCGAGAAAGUCCUGACAAAGUGCCAGCUUUGUGGACCAACGAAAUUCUGCAAGAUCAACAAGGUGGGCGAACAUGUAUGCCUCUCCUUUCAGCAACGUCGGGGUUGGGCUGUCGCAUUGGCAAGUGGGGCUCAUGGUGUUACCUUGCAAAAUCCACCAAAAAGCGAGCUUUUCCGUGAUUUUAGCAGUCACCCCUUGCUUUCGAGCAAAUCUGCUGUUAGUUCCCCAGCAGUUGCCCCACCAGGGUUCAUGACCCCUCAAGCGAUGGGUCAACCGUACAUGUUUCCGUGGUACAUGCCCCCAGCUCCUGGCUACCCAGGUGGUUAUCCACCAACCCCAACCCCAAUGUAUCCACCUCCUCACCAACAACCCCAACCUCCUCCUGCCCAUGGUAUUCCUUCGAGUGACGGCUUUGACGAUACAUAUGCAAAUCCUUACCCCGAGAUCAAUGCAUUCAUCACAAAGCUAUCGGAAAAGCAGCCAAGACGCCAGCUCACCAAGCAUAUUGCUGAUUUCGAUGUGAAAGAUUACUACAACAUUGACCAACUUGCCAAAAUUACUACCGAUCGUCUCUCUGGGCCGGAAUUUGGUAUGACUUCAGGUAAUGCUGAGUUUUUAUUAGAUGCUGUUCGUGCUGAGAUCAAGAAGAUUGAUCGUGUUCACGGUAAGAAACGUGCUUGA